UGUGCACUUAAAAUAUUUUUAUUUUAUAUAAUCAGUAUAAAGAUAUAGUUUGAUUUUAAUUUGAUUGUAAUUCUCCAUUAUUAGACUCCAGGAAUAAACUAAUUUCAUCGAGGGUGUUUAUUUCAAAGGGGGAACAAAACAAAUUCAUUACCCUAUCUCAGGUCUAUAAAAAUCGUAUACGUAGUGCGUAGGAACGUUCAAUUACUUCGACCUCAACCAUUCUUAGCAAGGACACUCACCGAGAGACGCAAUACGUCACCGACAGAGAGUCGACCAACGUCACGGGGGCGCCUCGGGUGACGUCAGUGGCAUGCUAAAUGAGAUUAGGCUUGCAAGGGUUUAUUUGCGGCCCACGCAUUUUACUUUCCCCGCGAGGGAAACAUCACGCGGUAUGCAGGAUGUAUCUACUUAUGCGCGGCACCGGAGGCGCGCAUCUUUCAAAUGCACGCCGCUAUCUUCGAUCAAAUUUAUUUUACAGUGUAAAAUAAUUUCUUGUAUCAAUGAUAAAUAUAAAAUUUCAUCUUUGAUAUAAUAAAGGCAUUGAAUAGAGGCAAAAGUGAAAUUGAACAAAGCAUUGUAAAGAUUUGUAUUUAAGAUAAUUAUUUUAGUAUUUUAUGGCGUGUGAUUUAAUGAUUUAUCGCGAAUCUAAAUGAGCAAUUUAAGUAGUUCAUUUUUAUCAAGAUACAUUUGGGUAAUCAAAUUUUUUUUUUUGCUCAUUUCUUUCUCAUAAUUUAUACAUUCCUUUGAGAGGAAUCCUUACCGAUAAAUAAAAACUUGAUAGCAAUUUUUGCAUGGUAAAACACUUCUAAGAAAAGCUAGAUUAAUGACAUAAAUUAAUUUACUUUAUUUGCAUUUUGUCUCUCUUUUAUUCUCACCCUUUUGAUUUAUUUUCCAAUUCGUAAAAGUAGGUCACAUUGACGCUACGAUUUUCAAGAUUAAUCUGACAGAAAAUAGAUAUGCAGUAAGCUACUUUAAAAUAACGUUUAUUUAUCAAAGAUUGAGAAUGUUAAGAUUGGCGCGCUCGCUGUGACGAAUUGGACACUGUGUAUACAUAUUUCUCACCGUAUUCUCACCAUACUCGUUUGGUGUGGGAAAUACGAAGGUAUCCACAGAAGCGGUAUGUGAGACGAACAGAGAUACGUGAUGAGCAACGAAGAGAGCAUAGAGAAAGGAAUAACGAUGCGAUAGCUGGCGGAGGGUUGGCGAGAACUAGAGAAGAGCGCAAAAGCGAGAGGGGGAGAAAGAAAGAAAGAGAGAAAAAUAAAGAAAGAAAAUAAAAGUAGCAGAGAUGGAAAAGGAUAUACGUGGCAUAGGAAAGAGUUGGAGAACGACGAGAACUGUAAGAGAGGAGAAUGAGAGGAAGGGAUGAGAAAGAGCGAGAGAAAGCGAUAGCAGGAUGAUACCUGGCGGAGGGAAAGGGACGAAGAUUUCCUGGCGGCAAAGCGCUCUCGCGGUGCUGCAGGCGGUGGAGGCGGCGGAGGCGGCGGCGGCGACGGCGGCAUAAAUCGGCCGAAGGGAAAACUUUUUGGGCGCGGAGUUGCCGGUCGGCAUGUCCGCGCGCGAACGCGCGUAUGUGCACGUAUAUAUACACAUAUGUGUAUGUGGUUUUAUCUGACGGUACUCGGGGAUGUUGCGGGUUGAUUUAUCGCCUGUCGUUGCCAUGGAAACCUCGGCGUGACCGGCUUGCGCGACACCCUCAUAUCCGAGUCGACUCUGGUUUGCUCUAUUCCCCGCCGCGUCUCUCGCUCGCUUCUGCUUUCAACCCUCUCCUCUUUCCCCGCUAUGUACGCAUCACUCUAUCUCUUACUCGUCUAUCUCUUCCUCGCUCUCCUCCGUCCUCAUCUCCUCACGCUCCUCUCGCUGGCUUCUCUCCUUCUCUCCUCGCCAGGCUUUAUCCCCUCUCGCAUCCUCCUCUCUCUCUCUCUCUCUCUCUCUUUCUUCACGGUACACGCGAACCAUGUCUCCCUUCAUCACAUGCCACCCCGAACUCGAACCCUCUUUCUCCCUCUGUGCGCUCUCCGUACAUCUUCUUGCCUCUCGAAACGAGUCUUUCUCUUCGAGUCUUUCGUUCUUUCAUUCUUCCAUAGAAUCAUUCCAUCUCGUUUUCGCAUUCUCUACGCUUCUCUUCUAUCUCAUUGUCCGGUCUCUCGUUCAUUCUGUUCCUCCUCAAUCGUAUCGUCUCCCUUGCACCUCCCUUUAGACACCUUCUCUCUGUUCUCCGUACACCUCGCUCGUGCUCGUUUCCUCUCUCGGUCGUACUCCCCAGGACCCCUUCGCCUCUCGUCAUUCGUCUCUCUCCAUCCCUCUGAACUUCUCCUCGCCCAUUCCCUCCUCCAUUCCCCUCCCCAUCCUCUCCCAUCUCUCGGCAGGAACCAGUACUACCGCACACCCACGCCACCACCCCGUAACCUCCCCGAUCGCCCUUUUCCACGUUCCUGACCGGGAAUGCGCCCUCAUCUCCCACUCUCUUAGUCUUUGUCUCCCUCUCACUUUCUCUCUACGUCUCUUUCUCUCCUUCGUUUCUCUCCAUCGAGUCUCUCUUCAUCUAUUCGCUUACCCUUCCUAGCUUCCUUCCCUUCGCCCAUUCUCAUCUUCCCUUCGAUAUGCACCCUACGUCACUAUCGUCCUCCGUCGCGAGGCCGAAACUCCCUGGAGGAACGUCAAGGAGCCGAGUGUCGGCGGAAUCCUCCGCAAGGAACUGCACACCUCCGCAAUCUUCCAUCGGCGAUGCCUUCAAUCACAUUGACGGCCUACACAAUCUUUUUAUUAAGUCUCGCGAUUCGACAUGAUUCCGUCAGUGCAAAUAAUCAAGACAAGUCUUUCUAUUCGCCCGUAACGUGUUAAUUCGUAAUGCGAGUUCUAAGUGAAUGACAUGAUAGUGUUGUUUCGGCAUUAUGAUGCUUACGAAUGUUAUUUUUGGGAUAUCUAUUUCGACAGCGAGCAGAUUAAAUUACCACGUAGAAGCAUCUUCAAAAAUUAAACUGUCUUUAAUUUCAUAUAAAUAAUGCCAUUUUUACAAUUCGUUCGGACAUCGACAUCCACUUUAAAUUGAUAUUCACUAUGUGCGCAUAUGCAAUUCUUAUUCCUUUUCUCUCGUUAUUUCGCUGAUUCGUUAGUGCUCUUCGUUAAAAUAAUUAUAUUAUUUAAUAUUAAUGACAUCACUGGCUUAACAUUUUAUAUUAUAUAAUAACAAAUAUUUAAUUAAGUAUUAAUAAAUAAAUUUUUCUUUUUUCUUUAUUUUUCUAAAGUUAAUAUUUAUUUUUUCAUAUAUUUAUAUAAAUUUCACUUUGGAACUAAAUUGAUGUAUCGAGCUUGUUAUCGACAGAGUCGAUAUACGACAGGUUGAAAUAAUUUUUUUCAAUUAUACUAUAAAUGCAAUAUUUAAUAAGUACACUUGUAACUUGUAAUAAUAAUAUGUUCUCUUUUUAUAACAUAAAUACAAUGUAAAUUUAAAUCAGAAGAAUAAAGCAAUAUCUCAUUAACACAAUUAUAGUAACAUUUUCUGUCUUGUAAAAUAAAAUAGAAAACUGCAUUGAUUAAUAUGUCUUGUUUGUUAAAUAUCAUUAUAUUUUAAGUAAACUAAUAUAAAACAUCAUAUUUCACAAUGCAUUAUCGACUGUCGUUAAUAAUUUCUGAGCUUAAUCCGAUCAAAUUGCGAAAUCAAAAAGCAUUCGAAACUUAUAGAACGAGCAGAUGUUCGGAUUCGCGACUUUGCAGGUCGCAUUUCCGGGCGCUAUCGAUCGCACGAACGACGAAAGAUUCAUCUUAGACGUCGAACGCGACGACUAUCUGCGCAUUAUUCGCUUCCACGAUUUUAGCGCGAGCGAGAUGCCUGACUGACGGAGGGAAUCGAUUGGCAUAUGCAGGCCCAAUUAGGGAUGCAGCCGAGAAUUACGAAAGUACCAUCGUUGAAUUACUUUCUUGAGAGACGAGUUUCAUAACAAGAGACUCCAAUUACUUUCACGAAUAAUUCCGGCUCGGUUAGAAGCGCCGGUCGACACAUAAAAAAUGUUUAGCCGGGCAAUCGCGCAAAUCUCCGUCACAGCAAGACGGCUUCCUGAUUUUUUUUUUUUUUUUUUUUUUUUUUUUUCGAGGAUAGUUCGAACACCGAAGCUAGCGCGAAAUAACUGGAAUUCCGUGAUACGUAACGGUACCGAUACUUUCGUUACUAGAUUUAUCGUGAAACGCGUUGAAUUGUUUUAAACGAGGACUGCUAAUCAGAAUCUUAUAAUUUCAAUGUCUUAAAAAUUGAAAUUCAACAGUUGUAGCAAGUAUCGGAAAUCCUAAUUUAAACAUCUCAGUUUUUGCACCCUAUAUUUAGUGAAGAGAUUCGAAAUUAUCUUUUUUUUCUGAUUAGAAGAAAUAAAAUACUGAAAUUGAAUUCAUAUUAUCGUUUUGAUUAUCAUUAAAAAUACAUUCUUUUAAAGUUUAUAAAUCCAAUAAUUAUUAUCGAGAAAUGCAAACAACAAAAACUUAUGAAUAUAUAAUAUUGCAAUAAUUCGAAAUUACUUGAAGGUGCUGCGUUCCUUGGAAAUAAAAUGGAAACUAAUAUCGAACGAUUAGCCGAUGGUAAAAGGUACAGUAUGCGAGUGUUAAGUCCCUGCAUUAUCGGCGCCAGGAUUAAUACGUUUAAAUUUGUUCUUUUAUGCUGUGUCAAAUUAGCAAGAUAAAUUCGGGAUGCUUUUACGAGGCGUUAUCCAGCGGAUUGAUUUCUUCUCCGCAAUGAUACGAGAAUGCGUCGUAUCGCGGAGCAGCCUUUUUAUUCCCAGGCAUUAACUAAUUGAAACGGAGGACCGGUUGGAGGGAGGAGGAGAGAGAGGACGAGCGGUCGAAAAAGAUGUGCACGAAGAGUAAAAGCACGGGCAAAAACGAACUGGCGACAAAAAACCUGGCUGCUCUGGAUGGAGAGACCAGGGCGCCAGGAAUAUUCUCGAGCAGUCGUUGUCGGUCUCAUUGUUAUCGACCCGCUCUGGGUUCUCUGGCGUCAUUGCUAACGUGAUCACGUCGUAGCUAUCACCUUCAUACCGGGCAGCACCUUCCUACGGCCACACUGUGACGUGGUUUCGUACUUCGCGAAAGGUCACAGCAACCGAAUAUGUUCUGGACCAAGAAAAAUGUUUGCUUUUAGAAAAAAUUGUGGAAAAAAAAUUUCCUCUAAAUAAAUUUAUAUAUAUAACGUAGCAAUAUAUUAAAUUUUUAUUAUAAAAAAUGUCCCAGACGGCAUAUAACACUAAAAGGUGAUAAAAAGUUAUUUUUAAGUUAUCUUUUUGUCAAAGCAAAAAGAUGUCAGUAAGACAUCUUUUCGGCAAGUCGAAAAAGACAACAUAAAACGGUCAUCUUUAAUUUUCUCUCUUAUCCAUUCUCAUUUAUUUAUUUCUCCUAUAUUUACAUUUAUUAGUCUUUAUUUAUUCUUAUCUAUUUACUUACUUUACAUGUACUUUUCCCUUUUAUUUUUAUAUUAUUACUAGGGAAUAAUAAUAUCUUUAAUGUUAAUCGUAUAAUAAAGUUUUUUAAACCUUUUUAAAAUACUUUUAUUUAAAUUUAAACAUUUAAAUGAUAAAGAUUAUACAUUUUAAUUCGUAUAAAAUUUAUAUUUCUUAUCGCUUAAUUAUAAGCGGAAAAAUUCACACUUUACUACUACGAAGAACGGGUUGCAUACAACUGGGUUACAAAGAUAAAUAUAACAUAAACCUAUGCCUUUCUUGUGUUAAUCUAACUAAUCAGCGACGUGUUGGAACAAUAAGAAUAGUAGAUAAAAAUAGUUUUGACCUUCUUAAUUUUUAUAACGAUAUGCUUAUCUGCAUUCGUAGUCACGUGUUGUGACUUCUUACGACAGGAUAAAGAUCGCGAAAAUAUUAUUACUAAUAUUUCAUUGUUUUAUUGUACAAAUAGUAUUGUGAAUAUUAUUUAUUGUAUUGUGUAUAGCUCAUAAAACAUAAAAGAUAUAUUGUAUGUAAUUAAAAAUAUAUUAUAAAAUAUAUAUGUUUGUAUCAGUAACUUUAAUCCUCCAUUAGAUGCAAUACAAAUACUAACACGGGGUAAUGCAAUUGAUCUGACAGAUUAAAUAGCUAAAUCUUGAUAUUUCUUGUUUUUUAUGAAGAAAAAUUAAUAUUAAAAGAUAUUACAACAAAUUUAAUGGCAAAUCGCUUAUUUAAAAAAUUAUAUGUAAGAUUAUACGUAAAAAUCGAAUUUAAAAAAGAGCACUUCAUCUGAUUAGUUGCGUCCGUCGAAGGAUUAAAGCAAAUAUCACUAGAUAAAAUGCGUUCUCUAUAAUAUAAUUAUAAAUUAUUUUUUAGAUUCUUCAUUAAAAUAUCAGAUAAAAUUUGAGCACUAUUAAAAAAUAAUUUAACAAUACUAUUAAUAUAUUCAAUAAAUUUAUUAUGACAAAAUGUAUUAAAAUUUUAUACAUAAUACAAAUGUUUCUAAAAUAAAUUAUUUGAUGAAAACUAUUGUUAAUCAUUUCUAAUUCUAUGAUCUCCAUAUUUUUCAUUUUUUAUGUUUAAAAAGUUUGCUUACCAUUCUUUUUAAAUUAACUUUAGUUUAUAGAAAUUAAAUUAUACUAAUUAAAUUUUUUAUCAAAACUCCAACGUUGUCAUAUUAUAAAAGAUUUGAUUUUCUAUCAGUUCUUUUCUCACUCAAUUUCAUGAUAUAAAGGUAUACAAAAGAUUUAAGAUAUUUAAAAGUAAAACAUCCGUAAAUGAUAAAGCUUAUUUGCUUGCAUUGUAUUGUCAGAAUAUCUAAUAUACAAGAUAAGAAACAUACGCAAUCUGCAAAAAAAAUCUGUAAAGUGAGUAAUAUGUAGGUACACGACUUCGUCACGUUCGUAUUUUUAAGAACAUACCUCUCUUGUCUAUAUAAAUGAGCAAGAAAAUUCAGUUAAGAUUAUAACGAUUGCAAAGUGUGCAUCAAAGUAUACCUAAUAAUAUUAAAAAAAAAACUUCAGUUACAGUAUAAAUAAUACAGAAAAUAUAACGGAAAAAUGUUAUAUCCAAGUAUUUGGAUUGGUCUGUUGAUUUUAUAUGAGCCAAUCUUGGCAGAAAGAAAGGUAAUAUUAACUUGGAAUGUGCCGCAUGAUGGAUUGCAACAUUAUAUUUCACCCGUGACUGAUCAGACUUUCCGAACCAAAAGAUUUGGCUUCUCUUUUCUUGAUGAGCUACGUCAUAAUAUAUGUCACUCAUUUUGCACAUCUGCAUCUACUAUGCCAUAUUUUAUGAAUCUCAUAUGUGCUAUAAAAUGUCCUGAAUUAUAUUUACCACACGGUACGACAACACCGAUGCCAACUCCAGGUAUAAAAAUAAAUAAGUAAUAAAAA